UCUUUUAUAAUGCUUGCAAUAUUCAAGUCCAGAAUCAGGAGAUUUGUGUUUGCAAAUUAUUUUAUCCACUUUCACUUUACCAAGAAAUGUCUUGACCUUCUGAUGUGUGGUCUCCUUAUUGUGAAGUACCAGCAAGGGUUUAACUUUGAGAGGCCUAAUUUAUGAUGAUGAUCUGCUUGGUGCAGCGAGUUUCGGGUAGAAGGUGCAUGUUAAUUCUUCUGUUGCCCUCAAUCUAUAUUAAGUUGAUUGGGCUGUGGAUUUGAAAAUGGACGGUUGCAAUCUAGGUUAUAAUGCUUAUGUGGCAUAUGUUGAUUUCCACAGAUGAGUAGCCCUCAAUAUUCUUUAGUUCUUUGGUUUGUUAUGUAAAAUAGAGUUUGGUGUGGCAUUAUUUGGAAUCAGCAUCAUUCCUUUUCAUUUCUCUAUUGUUAGUUAGAAUAUCUUGCUCAAACACCAUACAUCAAUAUUGUCCGGUUGUCGUUUGGUUCUUGUGUGAGCCAAAGGUUGACAACACUUUGUUCUUUUUGAGCUGUCGUUAUUGGUUCUUAGGCUUAGAAAAUACAUCGUCAUCUAUUUUUAUGUUCAUAAAAUAUGUUCGAAAAUGUAUCGUCAUUGAUUUUUAAGUUUAGAAAAUAUGUUUUUAAGCUCAGAAAAUAUGUCGGUUGCGUGAGAGAUUUGUAGUCACCAAAAGAGAAGAAUCUCAAAUAAAGUGAUGAAAAAUGCAUCUGAUCUGAUAUACUGGCCUGAGUCUUUCUGUGCAUUAAUUUUUAUUUAUUUUCUCGGUGGGAAAUGCCUUUAAGAAGCAAAGAUGAUGUAAUGCGAAAAAAGGGAGUUCAACGAUGUCGUUUCGAUAAACAACCAGUUACCAAAAAGAAUAAAAGCGCUCUCCUGGAAAUCUCACUCUCGGUUUACUGGAGCUGGCUUCUCUUUUCCUCUCCUUGGAAGUCUCAUGGAGCACCAGUUGCAGAAAAUUGCAAUAUCUGGACCGACUCUAGCCUCCUUGCUUCAACGGUUUAGCGCAUCGCCAGCCGAUAUCGACGGCUUGCUCUUUGGCCACGUGAAUCUGGUCACCCCUACCCUCACCGACGACUCUUCCUCCGGCUCCUCCGACCAGCCACACCUCAUCGCAACCAUCACUUCGUUCCUCUCUCUUUCGCAUCUCUCCUUUUACGAUCCGCUCGGGAACCUACGCCUUGGCCCUCAACAAUAUCAAAAUCUCCUUGGCUGGUUCUCCGCUCGCCGCCGAUCCACUCUCCGCCCCUCCAUGCGUGAAUUCUCCGUAUCCUCCUCGCUAUCCAAAUCCUCUAAUUACAAUACUUCAGCGGCCACCAAAGACAUCAACACAAGUUAUGGUAAUUUCUCGCCGUGUAUUUUCCUCUUGCUUGCUACCCCGGUUCAAGAGUCGUUAAUUCACACGCACGAUUACCGUGCGUACCAAUUCGUGGCGUCGACGGAGUCGUUCGAGGCGAAAUCCGUAGAAAUCGUGAAUAUUGGGCCUGCGUUCCGGGGACAUUACGAAAAUUUCAGCCCAACCUCCCCGUUGCCAAUGCUAAGCUGCGAAAUGAGGGGACCAUCGAUGAUGAUGACUGAGGAGGAGAGCUUGAGGGAGUCAAAGGAGGCGACGAGGGACCAGAAGCAGCUGGAUAAGUGUGUGGAGGGUUUUCAAGUCCGUAGGUUGAAGCAGUUGCUGGGAUCUGAAUCUGCGAGUUACACAGCCGGGUUGGAAGAUUUGUACGAGAAGAUGUUGGCCAAGAUCGAAAGCUUGGCAAGGCAGGUCGAGAUUAGCUCAGCCAAAGUUCUUGAGCAGGAAAAUCACAAUAGGAAGUUGAGGCACAAAGUCAUCAGGACAGGACUAGAAUGACUGAUGUUUCUGCCCUCAUGUCAGAUCUUGUAGGGUUUGUACAAAACAUUGGUGCCAGAACCUUGUCUUAUGUUACGAUUAAACUAGUGUCGCUGAUGCGUAAUGCCUGCACGUGGGAUUCAAUACUUUUUGAGAGAUUCUGUUACAAGUUGCUAGAUGAUCAAUGGUGGAUAUUGAAUCUUGAUACGCCCAAUGGUGGAUAUUUGCUAAAAGGAGUGAGUAGGCAUAGGAGCACAAUUAGAUGGGAAUCAUGGAAGGAAAGUACUUAGUUUGUUCUUCGUUUGGAGUCUUAAGCUUUCCUUGAAUUAGAUGGGAUCAUGGGAAGCAUAGAAGGAAAAUACUGAGUUUGUUCUUGCUUUUUUUGGAGUCUUAAGCUUUCCUCGAAUUAAGCCAUUUUCCCUUGAUUCAGUCGUUUACUUUUGUCAUUGUUUCCUGAUGUAUGUAUGAAAUCAUCUAAAUCUUCCCAUUCAUUCUA